GACUCUUCUUUUUUUUUUCCUCCUGACACAACAGGAAACAGCAAGACAGUUUGCUGUUAUUCUGCGUCACAGAGAAGAGACACGUACCUGUUUUAACUUUUAACUUCCAGAUUUUCCUUGGAAGCAGGAAGACAACAGCAGCACUGGGAACACUGGGAAUGCUUCUGGUAAUGUACUCUGUCUGCUGCUGUUAGUUCAUACCAGGAGACAGGAAUAACUACAAAAGUGAAAGUAACUCUGCACUGACGCCAUGGCUUCUAGAUCAGUGGAAAAUCUUACCUGUCCUGUCUGCCAGAACAUUUCUAAAGAUCCGUUUAGACUGUCGUGUAACCACAGCUUCUGCAAAGACUGUUUGCGCAGCUACUGGGCAGAGAAAAACGAUCGAGUCUGUCCAGUCUGUAAGAGGAAAUCUUCGAAAGAACUUCCUACUGUUCACUUUUCGUCCGAGAAGAGCCAGCAGAGCAAAGAUCCAAUCUGCAAUCUGCAUUCUGAAAAAUUUAGCUUCUUUUGUGAGGACGACCAGCAGCUUUUAUGCAGCGUCUGCAGAGAUGCAGGAACACACCAGGACCACACGGUCAAAGCGACUGCCGAGGCCGCUCAGGAACACAAGAAAACACUCAAGAUUUCCCUGAAACCGCUGCAAACCAAACUGAGGCUGGUCCAUCAGGUGAAGGGAAGCUGCCACCAAACAGCUGAGCACAUCAAAGUUCAGGCUGAAGACACCGUGAGGAGGAUCAAGGAGGAGUUCAGGAGGCUUCACCAGUUCCUGGAGGAGGAAGAGGAGGACAGGUUGGCUUCACUGAGGGAGGAGGAAGAGCAGAAGAGUCGGAGGAUGGAGCAGCAGAUCGAGGCUUUGAGUAAAGAGAUAUCGGCUCUUUCAGAAACCGUCAGAGCCACAGAGAAGCAGCUGAGAGCUCCAGAUGUUUCCUUCCUGGACAGCUUCAAGGCUGCAGCCGAGAGAGUCCAGCAGCAACAUCUGCCCGACGAUCCUCAACUGCCGUGUGGAGCUCUGAUCGAUGUGGCCAAACAUCUGGGCAACCUGAGCUUCAAUGUGUGGACCCAGAUGAAGGAGAUGGUCUCCUACAGUCCAGUGAUUCUGGAUCCAAACACCGCUCACCCAGACCUCAUCUUGACUGAAGAUCUCACCGGUUUGAGGCAGGCGGAGGAGAAGCAGGAGCUUCCUGACAACCCAGAGAGGAUCGACCACUUCUUCUCCGUUGUCGGCUCUGAGAGCUUUGACUCAGGGUCUCACAGCUGGGAAGUGGAGGUUGGAGAUAACUCAGCCUUCGUUCUGGGCGUUUUGACGGACUCCAAUCAGCGGAAGGGGGUCAUCUGGCCCGCACUGUGGAGGCUGAUGUUCUGCGGAGGUGAAUAUAAAACACUGUCGCCGCUCGACACUGGAUCUGACGUGAAGGUGACGACAAACCCAGAGAAGAUCCGAGUUGAGCUGGACUGGGACGAAGGACGGCUGUCGUUUUUCAACUCGGACACCAACGAACACAUUCACACCUUCAAAACCACUUUCACCGACAAGCUGUUUCCAUACAUCAGCAGCUGGAGUCACGUCCCGAUAAAAAUUGCAGCGCUGAACGUUUCUGUAACAACAGAACCAUGUGGUUAGAGCAGCUACUGCAGAAAUCAGAAAGUUAAUCAGAAAACCUUUGUUGUCUGUGCUUGUGAGUUUUCCCGUUCAUUGUGUAUCGAUUUUGAAUCGUGGUCACUUUAAUUUGUUUUUUUUGAUGAGUUCUUCAAAGUCUCACAGUUAUCAGGGGAAGUCAUAUCUGUCUUAGUGGCCUCCAUGAUUCGUCACUUUUUUUGCACGGUUGCUAAGUUUUUAAGCCUGCUACAAGUAUUUGUUUGUGCCUUAAAAGAUGCUAAAACCACACCUUCAAGCUAAAAGUCACUAUAAGCCUUUAUACAGAGUUAUUUGCUCUAUUGCAGUAUAUGUAGUAUACAGUAUGUGUCUAAUCUCAGAUUUUGUUCAUGUAAACAUGUUUUUCUAAAGCUGUCAGAUGCUGUAAACAUCAAACAGGAAGUGUAAAUGAACUUAGCAUUAAUAUGGAAUUUCUUAAAGUUAAUUUAACUUUUAAGCUUCUAGUUUUUGUUUAUUAUCUUGCUUGUAUCUCUUAUGAAUAAAUACACGGCAUAUUGUAUAUAAAUUUACAUAAACAAGGGUUAAAUAAUCACAUGAAUUCUAAUUCUGAUAGCGAAAUCUGUUUGAAAACAAAAUGAAAUGGCAAAUUAGCCGACUUCCCAGCAUGCAUUUGGAAGUUAAAACUCAAUCAUUUGUUACUGUAGUUUAAAGAACACAUAUAUGAAGGAAAUCUGCUGUGAGUCUUCCAGACACUUAUAAUUUAAUAAAGCAGUUCGUUGCCAAAAAUAUUCUCAGAGAACUUCAGGGAAUGUAUGUUUAAACUGAGCCAGUUUAAACUGAUUUGCAAAAUUGCCUCUGUCGAAUACUGAAUUCUGCAUUUCUAAAAAUUGUAUGUAUUUGUCCAAGCUACAUACUUUUUAGUUACUGUAGUAUCUGCACAUAUUUGAUUGUAUGUUUUAGUGUAUUUUUGUGUUCAGAAUUUUAAACAUGAAGUAAAAAUAUGAAUGUAUUUUGCAAUCAUUAAUCACUUUAGUCUGCAGUUUAGAGUCAUAGUAUCUGCAAGCUUUAUAUUUAUAUUUGGCUUUAUUUCUGUUGAAGGAUGUGUGAUUUGUGACUGUUAGAAUUAGCAGAGAAGGACAUUAUUUAAUUGGUCAAAUGUGCAAAAUGGAAUAAAAGAAAUAUAAAACAACA